AUGGCGAACAUAGACAUCGGGGGAAUAAUGAAGGAUCUGCCCAACGAUGGGCGUAUCCCCAAAACAAAGAUCGUGUGCACGUUGGGCCCAUCCUCCCGGUCGGUGGUGAUGUUGGAGAAGCUGCUGAGGGCUGGCAUGAACGUCGCCCGCUUUAACUUCUCCCAUGGGACCCACGACUACCACCAGGAGACCCUAAACAAUCUCCGCACUGCCAUGCACAACACCCAGAUCCUCUGCGCCGUCAUGCUCGACACCAAGGGGCCUGAGAUUCGUACUGGAUUCCUCAAUGGUGGCAAAUCUAUUCAACUUAAGGAAGGGCAGGAAAUCACCAUUACUAUUGAUUACGACAUUAAGGGGGACCAAGAGAUGAUUUCCAUGAGCUACAAGAAGCUGGCUGUGGACUUGAAGCCUGGAAAUACCAUUUUAUGUGCAGAUGGUACCAUUUCCCUCACUGUAUUGUCUUGUGAUCCAGCAGCUGGUACAGUUAGGUGCCGCUGUGAGAACACUGCAAUGCUGGGUGAGAGAAAAAAUGUCAAUCUUCCUGGUGUCGUGGUGGAUCUUCCUACACUGACAGAGAAGGAUAAGGAAGAUAUUCUGGAAUGGGGUGUGCCCAACAAUAUUGAUAUGAUUGCUCUUUCAUUUGUACGCAAGGGAUCAGAUCUUGUUAAUGUCCGUAAAGUUCUUGGACCCCAUGCCAAGCACAUACAAUUGAUGUCAAAGGUUGAGAACCAGGAAGGAGUUAUCAACUUUGAUGAUAUAUUGCGUGAGACUGAUUCAUUCAUGGUUGCCCGUGGUGAUCUUGGAAUGGAAAUCCCAGUUGAAAAAAUCUUCCUGGCACAGAAAAUGAUGAUAUAUAAGUGUAAUCUUGUGGGGAAGCCUGUGGUCACUGCCACUCAGAUGCUUGAAUCAAUGAUCAAGUCUCCGCGGCCAACCCGUGCUGAAGCCACAGAUGUAGCUAAUGCUGUCCUUGAUGGCACUGAUUGUGUCAUGCUUAGUGGUGAGAGUGCAGCUGGGUCCUAUCCGGAACUUGCUGUGAAGAUCAUGGCUCGAAUAUGUAUUGAGGCAGAAUCUUCCCUUGAUUACGGGGCUAUCUUUAAGGAGAUGAUAAAGUCGACACCACUUCCAAUGAGCCCGUUGGAGAGUCUUGCAUCCUCUGCUGUCCGAACAGCCAACAAGGCCAGAGCCAAACUCAUUGUUGUGUUGACACGAGGUGGGAGCACAGCCAAAUUGGUGGCCAAGUACAGGCCAGCAGUUCCUAUCCUGUCGGUGGUUGUUCCAGUUUUGACAACAGAUGCAUUUGAUUGGAGCUGCAGUGAUGAGACCCCGGCAAGGCAUAGCCUGAUCUACAGGGGGCUGAUUCCUCUAUUGGCUGAAGGAUCUGCGAAAGCUACUGAUGCAGAAUCCACGGAGGUGAUCCUGGAAGCUGCUCUCAAGUCAGCAACAGCGAGGGGACUGUGCAAGCUGGGUGAUGCAGUAGUGGCACUUCAUCGUAUUGGAGUCGCCUCUGUUAUUAAGAUCUGCGUGGUAAAAUAA